AUGAAAGCAUUCCAAUUUGAUCCCAGUACGUUCUCUAAGGAGGAAAUUUUCAUUGGUGGUAUCUCAACCUAUUUGUAUAAUACUGAGGCCCUUGUUCCUUAUGUUGAGAAAUUCAACGAAAAGGUCGAGCAUCAUGACCAGAAUAUUAAUAGGAACCAAUUCAAUGAGUUGCCAGUAAACGUCAUUUAUUUGAUCCACCAAAGAUGUGGUGAUUAUAAAUUUACUGAAUCGAUUGCUUAUACGAUCUUAAAACAAUACUACGAAAAGAAAGAACAGAAAGUUCCAUUAAUUUGCGUUACAUUUGAUAACAGAAAUCAUGGUGCUAGAAAGGUUGAUGAUUCGAAAAACUCUUCUUGGAAAUCCGGUAAUGAUACACAUGCUUUGGACAUGAUUUCGAUGAUUGACGGUAUCAUUGACGAUACUAAAUUGAUUAUGACGUAUUUGCCAAGCUACUUAAAUUUAGAAUAUCACUUAUCCGAGUAUGCUAAGGUUCACCAUAAUACUAGUAUUAAAUUCUCCAACAUCUUGAGUGGUUAUUCCUUAGGAGGACAUACAGUUAUUCGUUUUGCUAACAAAUACCCAGAAUUAGUUGAUAUAAUCAACCCUGUUGUUGGGUGUAAUGAUUUGUCUUCGUUAUUGAUUAACAGACUUUCUAAUUCUGAACUCGAUUCUCCUAAUUUUGACAAGCGCUGGUUCUAUUUUGAUUAUAAUGAAUUAAUGUUAACUGAUGAACAAAAGAAAUCCAUUUAUCCCGAGGCAUUUCACAAGUAUAUUUGUCAAGAAGAUGGUGAAAUAUUUGAUAACUUUCCUUUCUCCAAGAUUAAGAUGUUCGCAAGUUUUGGUGAAAAAGAUACUCUAGUUCCACCUCGCUUAUCGAAGGUUUGGGUUGAUGUUUACGAAAACUCAAAUUCGACUACGGGUAUAUAUAUACAAGAGGGUGUAGGACAUGAUGUUACACCUGAAAUGGUUGAUAAAUUCACCUCGUGGCUUGUGAAUUAUAUUUAG